AUGAUGACUGGAAAUGUAAACCCAGAAUAUCGGUAUCUCAGUAUUCUAGCUAAAACUUGGAAUGAAGUGUAUAUGGCUGAAAAUCUUUAGACAAAACAAAAGUGUUGUAUAAAACAAGUGUUGAUUGAUGAGUUAUUGAGAGAGAGGUUUUAAUCUGAGAUUUAGAUCCUACAAAAAAUAAAAGCUUAUCCACAUCCAAAUAUUAUAUCAUUUGAGGAUAGCUUCUAUUAUGAGAAGGUGACUACAUAGGAUAAAGUACUCAUUUAUCUCUUAAAUGCAGGCAAUCACCUUUGGUUGUAUUGUCAUGGAAUUAGGCAUUACAAAUUUAUAGCAAUACAUCUAAUCGAAAAAGUAAUCAGAUCCAGAGUUCAGGUUUCAAGAGUAUGAAGUAGCUGAUUUCUUUGUGACUAUGAUUAAAGCACAUUCACAUUUACAAGAAAUUAAAAUAGCACAUAGAGAUAUCAAACCAGAAAAUAUUAUUCUUUUCAAUGAUGAAAAUCUAUUGUUUAAGGUUUGCGAUGUAAAAUUCUUAAUAUAAGACAGGUUGGUUUUGGUACUGAAAUUAUUGAUGAAGAAUAAAGAUCAAGAACUAUUGGUGGCACAGUUUUAUAUUAAGCUCCAGAAGUCUAUCGAGCAUUUAAAAGAAGAAAACAUUAAGCUAAAUAUAAUCCUUAUAAAAGUGAUGUUUUCUCUCUUGGAUUAGUUUUCCUAUUGUUUGCUACUACUCAUAAUAUGACAAAACAGGUAUCAUAAACAAUUUUCAUAUUAGUAAAGAGAAGAAUUAUUUGAUGAUGAAAUGAAACUCUACAAUUAUUUAAGAGAAAAACGAAAACAAGUUAAAGAAUUAUAUCCUAGAAUCAAAGGAGUAUCCAAAAUUUUGAAAUUGAUGUUAGAUAUAUCUCCAGAUUAAAGAUAUGAUUUUUCAUAAUUAAGUCAAAUUAUUGAAGAAAGAUAAUAUUUGGAAGUUAAAUCUGUAUAUAUAAUUAUCAUUUAAAUAGCCUGCUAAAAUCAAUCAUAAACAUCUAUAAUCAAUUGCUAAUUUGGAUGAUUUCUAAUUAGAUAUUAAAAAUAAGGAGGAUGUAUAUUUGGAUUUAAAUGGAAUGUAAAAUAAAUCAUAGGAUGAAUUACUUAAAUUCUUAGAAACUAUAGCUUAAUAAGUUAAAAAUUUUUAAAUGAUUACUUUACAAAUAAAAUUAGAAAUGAGUUGUUUAAAUGUAAGAACAGUGGCUCCAAUUGAAAAAAUAUUAAAUAGAGCUUAAAAAUUGAAAGAAUUAUAAUUACAUUUAUGGAAGUAUUAUCAUAAAUUCUAUUUGUAGUAAUAAAUUAGGAAAUUUGGGAUUGUUAUUUUUAAUAAAGGCAAUAAUGAAAAUGAGUGAAUUGAAACGAUUAACUUUAGAAAUAUCUAAUAAUUUAUUAUCUGAUGAAGGGAUUAAUAAUUCAUUACCCCUUUUAGAAGGAUUAGUUCAUAUGGAAGAAUUGAAAUUGGAUUUCGGAUUGUAUUACUUCUUCUAAAUUAAUUAAGAAAUUAUUUACCAAUGGAUUGUUGUGAAGCAUUUUUUUCGCUUAUAAGUGCCAUGCCAAAACUAAAAAAGCUAGAUUUAAGUCUAGAAAGUAAUUAUAUGAAUUAAGUGCUUUCUAAAUUAUUAAAAUAAACUGUGAAACGAUUACCACUCCUAACUUAAUUAUCAAUUAAUUUUUCUAAGUAUUUAUUAUAAUCUAAAAUAAGUAUUCCAAUGCACAAUGAAGGUUUUUAUGAUCUUGGAGAAAGUAUAUCUGAAUUAGAGAAUUGUGAAUUAUAUCUUUGGGGUUCUUAAAUAAAAGAUUUUGGUGUUGAGGAAUUUGCUAAAGGAUUAUCUAAAUGUGAGAAAAUAAAGCAUUUAAAUUUGACUUUAUGGAAUAAUUAAAUUACAAAAAAGGGAUGUGAAUCUUUAGGUUAAGUAUUACCAAAAUUAAAGAAGUUAAGUUCAUUAACAAUUGAUUUAUCCAAAAAUCGUAUAGAGGAUGAAGGUGUAAGAUUCUUGGCAAAAGCUAUUCAUGAAAUGUAGUAACCAUUAAGAAUAUUAUAAUUUUGGAUUGAGAAGUGAGUUUAAUAAAUUAAAACUUAGUGUAUCUUGUUCUUCUUUUGGAUUGAGAUAUGUCAAUAGAUUUUUGGUAACAUAAACGAAAUUGAGAAAUAUUAGUUUGAAUUUUCGAUUAAAUUAAAUUGGUUUGGAUGGAAUGGAGUUACUGUAUAAUGGCUUUGGUUAAGCUACUUAGUUAGAAACAGUAAAUUUGAUUCUUGAUCAGUAAUCAAUUUAUAAAAUAUUAGUAAUCCAUUAGGUGAUGAUGGUGUAAAUACUUUGUUUAAAGGUUUAUGUAAAUUGAAAGAAUUACAGAGUCUAUUUUUAAGUCUUGAAAGUGUUCAAGGUUCUGGAAAUUCAGUGACUGUAAUGUUAUCUUCAAUAAAAUCUUGGACUGAAUUAAAAGAAUUACAUGUUAAUUUCUUAAAGUAUAUAUAAUUAUACAUAAUAUUAGAAAUGAUACUGAUUUGGCAGAUGAUAUUAAUUUGAAGAAUCGACUAUUAGAGAUAUAAUCAACUGCGAAAAUAAAUAUUGAAUUAAAAACUAUAAAUUAAUAAUAAAAGUGA